GGUAAUGACUGUCCAACCAUUCAUGCUGAUCACUGUUAGUUAUAGCGGAAGACCUUCAAGGCUUGGAAAGCUGUACACAUAACCGGCUACAGAGAGGCGAAUCUGCUAAUGGGACAUGGAGUGUAUUCCAGUAACCAUUGAUGAUCUUGAGGGCAAAAAGGACCCAGUCAUUGAAGAUCCAGAGCACAAUGCGUACACCAGGUUUAUGAAGUCCCACCGCUGUUAUGACCUUGUGCCCACCAGCUCCAAAUUAGUUGUGUUUGAUACAUCACUUCAGGUGAAGAAGGCAUUUUUUGCUCUUGUUUCUAAUGGAGUGAGAGCUGCGCCUUUAUGGGAUAGCAAGAAGCAGUGCUUUGUUGGUAUGCUAACCAUCACAGACUUCAUUAAUAUUCUUCAUCGCUAUUACAAAUCUCCACUGGUUCAGAUAUAUGAGUUGGAAGAGCAUAAAAUUGAAACAUGGAGAGAGGUGUACCUUCAAGACUCUUUCAAGCCCCUGGUUAGCAUAUCUCCUAAUGCAAGUUUGUAUGAUGCUGUUUCAUCGCUGCUGAAGAACAAGAUCCACAGAUUGCCUGUAAUUGACCCUCUGACAGGGAACACGCUCUAUAUUCUCACACACAAGAGGAUUCUCAAGUUCCUGAAGCUUUUUAUAUCAGAGAUGCCAAAACCCUCAUUCUUGAGUCAGACUUUAGAGGAACUGAAUAUUGGGACCUUCAAGAACAUAGCAGUGGUCCGUGCAGACACACCGCUCUACACAGCUCUGGGUAUUUUUGUUGAGCAGAGAGUGUCGGCGCUCCCUGUUGUUGAUGACAAAGGUCGAGUGGUGGACAUAUACUCAAAAUUUGAUGUUAUAAAUCUGGCAGCAGAGAAGACGUACAACAACCUGGAUGUGACGGUGACCAAAGCCUUACAGCACCGCUCUCAGUACUUUGAAGGAGUGCUGACGUGCAACAGGCACGAGUCCCUCGAGGCCAUUAUCAACAGACUGGUGGAGGCUGAGGUGCACAGGCUGGUGGUAGUGGACGAGCAUGAGGUGGUGAAGGGAAUCGUCUCCCUUUCAGAUAUCCUCCAAGCCUUAGUGCUUACUGAUGGAGAAUAGAGGACAGCUUGGAAAACUUAUUCAAACAACGAAAGGUUGCACGUUUUUAAAAAUGACACCACAGUAUAGGAGAGGGGAUAACCAGGCCUGGCAGAGGGGAAUUAUGACAGCAAAUGGAAGUUAUAACCAUCUUUUUUUUUUUUUUUUUUUUUUUUUUUUUAAAGUUGACACAUGAAUAUUUCCCCUCGUCUACCAAAACACAAAGUUUGUGAUGUUUAAACUAUAUAGAAAUAUAUUUUUGUGGUCCUACAGCUUAGACAGAACCUCCUGUAAAUUGAGCCAAAUUCUGAAUCACUGGAGAACCAAGAGAGAUGCAAAAGCACAAGAAUCCUCUGGAGGGGAGCUGUAGCUGCUCAGGAUUACCAAGCAGCAUAUGUUUGCUGUGCUGAUCUGCAUAUAAUUGGGACAGUUGUAUGAUUCCCAAAUAUAUGUUUCCAUUAAUAAAAUAAUCAGUUACCUUACAGGAAAACUGAUUUGCCUGUAUUGCCUUUUGCUGGCAUCACUUCACUUCUGCUCUAAGGCUGAAAUCUACAAGCACAUCAAGCCUGUCAAAAGGGUAAAAACUGCAGCUUUGACUGAUUAGCAUUCUUUUAACACAUCUGAGACUUUUCUGAGCCUGGUUCUGUGUACAGCUAAGUAGUAGUAUGAUGUUAUUGAUAUUAUUCCUCAUUCAGUUAACUUGAUUAUAUAAAUGCUGGUGGAAGAUUAAACUGUCAUUUUCAAUUUGAACAACAUCACUCCUCCCAUAUGAAAAGACAAAUUGAGUACUUACCUCCACCAAUGAUGUUUUGUGAUUGGUUCCCCUGUACCAGAUGUAGGACUGAGGCCAAUUUACAAGUCAUUAACUUUUGGAGCUGAUCUGGAUGCACAUCAAAUUUUUCUCAACAAAUUAAUCUGGAUCCAUAUAUCUUUGUGGAUUCAGGGACUCUCUGCAUGCAUGAUCUGGAGGAAAUUUUCAGCCUUGGUGGAGAUAUGCAGCCUCAGACUGCUCUUUCUACUGAAGUAUCAGUAUCAUUGCAUAUGUAAUAGAUACAGUAUUCUACAGCCAUGCAGUACAUUUGACUUAAGAAUGAACAAAUAUUUGGUCUAAUAUGUUCCCUCCAAAACAGCUGAAUGAGGUUUCUGCAAAGAAUCCAAGGGCUCAGAGUUCAGUCUGUUGUGUAGCCAGACAGCCACGAAGCAAAGCUGGAAGAGCACUCAAAGUGAAGUCUAAAAUGUCAUUUAUGAAUUUGCUGUUGGAAAUGACCAUUAACUGUGCUGUAUUCUUUUUGAGUGCCCAUCUCCAGAUAUUUAUGGGUGUUAUGUUUUGCCAUUAUGUGUGUUGUUUUCAGGUAUAACUACAUGUGUAAUGAAUUCUAUACUUCAGCGACGCUUUUUUUUUUUUUUUUGUUGUGCCGAUUCUGUUGUCAUUAUCAGUGGUAAAGGGAUCUGCUUAUGGCUUAAGUGCUCCAAAAUCUCACGUUAUUGAAGAGGUCCAUAAUUUGACAGUAAUGGUCGAAUUUACAAUUUGUGUGUUUUUGUUUUUCCUUUUUUUUUUUUAUGUGUUGUGUUGAUGUGAUUUACAGUAAUUUACUGUGUCAGAACAUCAGAUAUAAUAGGUUUAUUUACAGUUUUUAUGUCUUGUUGUGUUUAGGGGACUGACCUUAUCAAAAUCACUACAUACCAGCAUUUUCUUUCUAUUUUCUAAAGAGGAUAAGUAAGGAACAUGCCACAGUUACUGUUUUGGUAAAUGUGAAAUGGAUUCUGUACAACUCUAUGUAAAUGCACAGUUUUUGUACUAAUCCAGUGAUGAUAUAAUUUAAACAAUGAGCAAUAAAGGUUCUU